AUGUCAUUAUAUAAUACAUUAAAUAGAAAAAAAACUCUGGCUCAUGAAAAUAGUAGAAUAUUUCAAUACAAAUACUGUCUGCGAAUAUUUAGUAGAUGUGAUGCUUUUCGAAAUUAUCUUCAGACACAUCGAGACCAGAUGUACUUGGAUGAAAAUGAACUAACACUCGAGAAAAAUACAAAUGAGCUGAGAAGAACUGUUAUUAACAAUACUCUUCAAAGAAUUGUUCUCUCACCUAUUUUAUUUAAUGAUACCAUAAGCCAGUUCGAAAAACAGCCUUUGGAUAUAAAUGAUGAAUGCGAAGAACAAUGUUGGAUUAAGAAUGAUGAGAAUUUUUAUAACGUGCUGAUUCUCGACAAAAAUAGUGAAAGUGAAACGAACAAUGAUGAAGAAGAAGGAAACGAUGAAAUAGAUGUGAUAAAUGUUGGAAAUAAAGAACAAAACUAUACUUUAUUAGUCUCACAGAUAAAAGUUCAUUUAUUUCAACUGUUAUUGAUGUUAGAUCAGCCCAAAAAUUUCAGGGUGCAAAUAAUGCAGCACCAUCAAGCGUACAAAGCAUUUGUACAGUUACUUGUCAAACAUCACCUUUCUGAUUCUGUGGCAAAUGAUAUUAUUGGCUUAUUCAAUAACUUUUACAUGGAUCCAAUGACCACAUUACCUUCAAAUGCAAAAGCAGCCUGA